AGAUAAUAGUUGCUAGAAAAACAUUGGUUUUAUUAUUACAAAUCACGCUUUACUUCAUUGAUGAUUUGUAAAUGAAAUGAAACAUUGAUGACUUGAAUAGUUAUCGCAGAUUCACGCUUCACUUAUAAUUAGUAAAAUAGCGAUGAGAGUUUUGGUAUGAAUUAUUAAAACUACUGAAAAUAUAAAGAAGAUGGAAACAGUUGAUGUUAUAGAUUCUAGUUUUAUUGGAAAAAUUGAAGACUUUAUACGUUUAAAAGAUGCUGACGAAAAGCUCAGAGAUAUGGGUAGCUCGCUUGUAAAUAAAAUAUUAUCGAGAGGUGUAUGUAGAUGCCAACCAAACGCACUGCAAAACAUAAUAAUGAGCGGCAGUAUUUGUGAGGGAGCAACAACUUCUCGUUUUUUUAAAUAUAACAAUAAUUUUGAUGAUGGGAUAAACAGAGAACUUGAGUUUGAUAUAGAAUUUACUUUAGUAGAAAUAAAAAGUGAAUUUAAACAUUAUGUAGAAGAUAUUCCUGAAAAACACGGUUAUGUAAAAGUUCGCGCAGAUACAAAUAUGUUAAUUAAUGCAAAUGCUGGAUGGGAUAUCACCGAUAAAGAUUUUAACGAGUUAUUACAAAAUUUUUCUAACAAUGGAUAUUUUCAGCCAUUUAAACUUAAAAAUUUAACUCUUCAAAAAGCUCUACUUGACAACGAUGUUGAAAACCAAAAAUAUCUUGAAAUUAUUUUUGCAGCCGCAUUUAAUGAAAAAAUUUCUGAUAUUUCCAUCAAAAAAGUUGAAAGAGUUACAAAUGCUUCGGCUGCCUUUGAGUUCUAUUUUCAAGUUAAAGAAAAAAAUAUGUUAGUUGUGGCCUAUGAUUUAGUUCCUUUAGCUCAAGUUUUCUGGUGGCCAGAUAUUGCGUUAGAAUGGAAACUCAGAGAAAGAAACUGGCCUGACAAACAGUUUAUUGAAGAUCUUACUAAAACAUGUUUCAUCAUAGCUAAACCGUCAGUUAUAGAAAAAGGUGACGAGGAAUCGUACAGCUGGCGGUAUUCAUUUUCACAUAUUGAACGUAAGCUAAUUAGCAUGCGUAGUCCACAGCAAAACUUGGUAUACCUCAUCUUUAAAUCAAUAUUUUAUAAAUGGAUUAAACCUAUCAAUGCCACGCAAAUUCAUUCUUUUAUUUCAAAAAAUAUUAUGUUAAAAGCAUGCGAAGAAUUUCCACCAGAUCAUCAAAUGUGGAAGGAAAAUUGCUACACAACUAAAGAAGCAAUCCUUUAUUUGUUACUUCAGACUCACAAGGCGUUUGAAAAUGAAUACCUCGCUUAUUUUUUUAUUAGCAAAAUCAAUGUCAUUGAAUAUAUAGAGCCUGCAGUAAAAGAAGAUGUAAAAUUAAAAAUAAUGUUAAUUUCAAAAGAUAUUGACAAAUAUAUUCCAUCAAAUGUUACUCAGGUUAUCGCUGUAUGUGAUGAUUUACAGGAAAAGUUAGAAAACUUAGAUAAUAUUUUAGCAAAUACGAAUAGUAACAAUUAUUCUGAUUUUAUAAAUUUAAAAUUUCUGGUUCAAAACUUAGACUUUCUAUUCGACGAACCUGCUUUAAAUUUAUACAAAGAAUUAUUAGAAAAACAUGAUGUUAAAAACAAAGCUCUUAAAGAAGUUGAAAGAUUUAAAAAUAUUUUUAAAAAUGAAUUAACAAACUUUUCUGAAAGACUGGAUACAGAUGAAGUUUCACGUGUUCAAAAUGAGCUCAGAAGAUUUUCAGAGAGAAUUGAGAGUGAGGUUGAAAAGGCUAAAAACAGUGUUCUUAAGUUUCUUCGUUAAAUUUCCGUUUUUAUAAUUGUUAUUAUUGGGGGAAAAAAUUAUUGAACAAAUAAACAGUGGGUAGUACAACGCACUGCCACAUUACAGUGCAUUACGUAGGCGUUCCAUUACAUUUUUAUUAAUAUUUUUAGAAUUAACAAAAAAACUUUUAAGAGACUUAGUUAUCGCUAUGAUUCAUUUGUAUAUAAGAUAACACUUUUGAUCAUAUAAUAAAAUUGUUGCA